GAACCUACUGCUUUCCCGAAACCACUAAUCUCUCCAGUGUUGAUAAUUUUCCUGUGAUGUUUUAAGCAUUUCUUUUCGUGAUUCGGAUACGGAUCUCGGGGUUUGAUUCAUUCCGGUGGAGAACGCGGCGCGUUUUCAGAAUGUGUCAUGUUUGGUUGUCGUCUGAUGUUUCCAAAUGUUGAAGAUCGUGAUAUAGGGUUUGUUAUUCCCGGAUUUUGUUCCUUUUUUCAUUUUCUCUGGAUUGUUUCUUUUGAUGAGUUGCGACAAAACGGUGAACUGCAAAGAACCAUUGCGGAAUGAGAUGGUGGAAGGAAGGGUGUGUUUAUCCCAAGAGGUAAGAAACGGGUUAGAGAUAUUGAAGCGUAAAAGGCUUCAACGAAUAAAAUCCGAAACUGUCUCUGUGACAUCUGGUGUUACAAAUAUGAUGUCUAGAAGUGGGGGAGAUAGAUUGAGAGUUUCAGCAUCACGUGGAAUGAGGUUGCAGGGGAAAGCUGAACCAUUUUCUAGGUCAAAUUUUUCUUCAAGUGAGAAGGAUGCCUUUUCAAAGCGCAAGGUUGAUAAGUUUUACACUAACGAUCUAGAAUGGACUGAGAAAAUUCCAGAAUGUCCUGUAUUCUACCCCACAAAGGAAGAGUUUGAAGAUCCUUUGGUUUAUUUGCAGAAGAUAGCUCCUGAAGCUUCCAAAUAUGGGAUCUGCAAAAUCAUUUCCCCUGUAAGUGCUACUGUUCCUGCUGGAGCUGUAUUAAUGAAGGAGAAAGCAGGAUUCAAGUUCACAACUAGAGUGCAGCCACUUCGUCUUGCUGAGUGGCACUCUGAUGACCGAGUCACCUUUUUCAUGAGUGGAAGGAAUUAUACAUUUCGUGAUUUCGAGAAAAUGGCGAACAAGGUGUUUUCCCGUAGAUAUUGUAGUGCUGGUUGUCUUCCUGCAACAUAUAUGGAAAAAGAAUUUUGGAAUGAAAUUGCCUGUGGGAGGAUUGAAAGUGUUGAAUAUGCUUGUGAUGUUGAGGGUAGUGCCUUUUCUUCUUCUCCAAGCGACCCGCUUGGAACAAGCAAAUGGAAUUUGAAGAAACUCUCUCUGCUGCCAAAGUCCACUUUGCGUCUUCUCGAAACUGCAAUUCCGGGAGUAAGCGACCCCAUGCUUUACAUAGGAAUGCUAUUUAGUAUGUUUGCUUGGCAUGUGGAGGAUCAUUAUUUGUAUAGCAUUAAUUAUCAUCAUUGUGGGGCUGCGAAAACUUGGUAUGGCGUACCUGGUCAUUCUGCUUUAAGAUUUGAGAAGGUUGUCAAGGAACAUGUGUACACUAAUGAUAUCCUAUCAGUGGAUGGCGAAGAUGGAGCUUUUGAUGUGCUUUUGGGUAAAACAACCUUAUUUCCUCCAAAUAUUUUGUUGGAGCAUGAUGUCCCUGUUUACAAGGCUGUACAGAAUCCUGGAGAGUUUGUAAUUACCUUUCCGAGAGCUUAUCAUGCUGGCUUCAGUCAUGGUUUCAAUUGUGGUGAGGCUGUGAAUUUUGCUAUUGGAGAUUGGUUUCCUUUGGGCGCUGUGGCAAGCUUACGUUAUGCACUUCUCAACAGGGUGCCUCUCCUUCCUCAUGAGGAACUUUUGUGCAAAGAAGCUAUGCUUCUCAAUAUAAGUUUAGAACUGGAAGAUUUGAAUUUUCUGCCCACAGAUUUGACUUCUCAUCAUUGUAUUAAGGUGUCAUUUGUAAAGCUGAUACGUUUCUUGCACCGGGCCCGUUGGUCUAUCAUGAAAGCUAGGGCAUGUACCAGUGUGUCUCCAAAUUAUUAUCAAACUAUCGUCUGCACUUUAUGCAAACGUGACUGUUACAUUGCUUUUGUUAACUGCAGUUGUAACUCUCAUCCUGUUUGCCUGCGACAUGAUAUUAAGUCACUUGACUUCCCAUGUGGGAACUAUCAUGGUCUUUUCUUGAGGGAUGAUGUUGUAGAGAUGGAAGCUACUGCCAAGAAGUUUGAGGAAGACUACGCCAUAUCAGAAGCAGUUGAGCGACAAGCUGAAAAUGGAGAUGACAUGUAUUCCUAUCCAUUAUCAAAUAAGUUCCAGAAUGUAGAGGAUGGAUACGUUCCAUACUGUGAGAUAAAUGUUGUUUUGAAUCUGGAGGUUGCUACAAUAACUUCAACUACGGGUCAACCAGUAGAAUAUGGACAUCCUUCAACGAGCCAUGAGACUGGAAAUUUUCGACCUGAACCCGCAGAUGAUUUCUCUUCUUUUGCCGCAUCAACUUUAUGUUCUUUUGAGGAAAGUGUCAGAUCCUCGCCAAAAAAUCAGGUACAGGAGUUAGCUAACCUAAGAAACACUAAUGAUAUAAGGUUAUCCGAAGAAGUCUCAGAAAAUACAUAUGAAUCAUCUGUAUCUUGUUUGUCACGUGAAGAUCGUCCAGGUAUCCAUCAAUAUAAUGGUCAUGAACCAGUGAGUGAGUCUAUAGUCGCCCAUGACAGUGAUAGUUCUGAUUCAGAGAUAUUUAGGGUUAAACGGCCUUCUUUUUUGAAGGUUGAGAAAAGAAAUGGGAAUCAGACCAGCUCUGGACACCAGGGGCUCAAGCGAUUAAAGAAACUCCAACAUGAAGGAAGGUGUCAGCAAUCUGAAUGCUUUCGAAAUGAUGAACGGAAUCACAACAUUAGUCGCACUUCCGAUUAUAAAGAAGUUCGAAGAGGCCACCUUCCCAUUACUAUCAAGUAUAGGAAGUUGGGAAAUGAUGAGGCAAUGAUUCGGCAGCAAGAGCAGCACCGAAAUGACAGAUUAAAAUACGAGCUAGGAAAGUGCACGAGGGAACCUCCUCCAUUACAGAUGGGUCCAAUUCCGAAACGCAUUAAAGUGAGGGGGCCAAUGUAAAGGAGACUGGAUUGAAGUGAAGAUUAUAGAUAGUAGGUGGACGUGCAGACAGAAAGUGAUGGAGCCUGACUUUGCUAACUUCAUCCCCUCUAACCUAAUGAAGUUCUAACAAUACCGAAAGUUGAUUGAUAUUGGUCAGAGAGUACCAGGCGAAGAUUUAAGGACAAGAAAUUUAUAUUCUUUGUGCAAACUGCACCAGCAGUGGAUUGAUUAAUGGUGGGGGUUCUCAGGUCGGGGUGUUUUCCCGAGGAGAGCCGUCGUGUAAAAGUUGAAAAUUUAGAAUUUGGGUCACUGGCUUUUGUUUCUGUUGGUAGAUUGUUAUAUUCAUUGAAUGUAUGUGCAUUGCCAACGUAAUCUGUUCUGUCUUGUAAAAUUCUGGAAAUGGUAUUUGUAGGCUGGUAGUUGAGGUCAGGAAAGUUUAGAGA